GGGAGGCGCGGCCGGGUUCGAAGAACCGAAGUGGAGGGGGGAGCAGCGCGCACCGGCCCGGCAAGCACCAUGGGCCGCAGGUUCUGCCUGGCUCUUGUGCUGGCUGCUCUCCCCAUAGUGGCUGCUAAUGAAGAGGUACCUCCUGUUCACCAGGACUCCUGGGGAGACUUCUGGCUGUUCCGUUUUUUGGUCAAUGCUGCAGGCUAUGCAAGCAUUCUGGUACCAGGUUUCUUGCUUAUACAGUACUUCAAGAGGAACAAUUACCUUGAAACAGGGCGUGGUAUUUGCUUUCCAUUAAUCAAAUCAUGCGUCUUUGGUAAUGAAGCCAAAUCGGUACACCAGGAUGAAGUCUUAAUGGCCGCUCGGAAUGAGACUGUAGAGUCCUCCACAGCCCGACAGGUUUUUAAGCUGCUGUUCUGUGCAACUGGCCUACAGAUCUCCUACUUAACAUGGGGUGUCCUCCAGGAGCGUGUGAUGACCAGAACAUAUGGAGCAACCGAGUCAGACCCUGGAGAGAAAUUCAAGGAUUCUCAGUUCCUGGUCUUCAUGAACCGGAUCCUAGCCUGCACUGUGGCUGGCCUCUACUGCGCCCUGAUCAAGCAGCCCCGUCAUGGUGCUCCCAUGUACAAGUAUUCCUUUGCCUCCCUCUCUAAUAUUCUCAGCAGCUGGUGUCAGUAUGAGGCACUCAAAUACAUCAGCUUCCCCACUCAGGUGCUGGCCAAAGCCUCCAAGGUGAUUCCAGUCAUGCUGAUGGGCAAGCUGGUGUCACGCAAGAGCUACGAAUACUGGGAGUACCUGACAGCAGCACUCAUCUCUGUCGGGGUCAGCAUGUUCUUACUUUCCAGCAGUCAUGACAAGCACCUCUCUACCGUCACCACCUUCUCUGGCGUGAUCCUCCUGAUCGGCUACAUCGUCUUUGACAGCUUCACGUCUAACUGGCAGGACGCCCUCUUCACCUACAAGAUGUCCUCAGUGCAAAUGAUGUUUGGAGUGAAUGUCUUUUCGUGCCUCUUCACCAUGGGCUCACUGCUGGAACAGGGUGCUUUACUGGAAUCGGUGCGCUUUAUGGCACGCCAUUCUGAGUUUGCUGCCCACGCCGUGCUUUUGUCAAUAUGCUCGGCCUUUGGGCAGCUGUUCAUUUUCUACACCAUCAACCAAUUUGGAGCAGCUGUCUUCACCAUCAUCAUGACUUUGCGCCAAGCCUUUGCCAUCCUCCUUUCCUGUCUCAUCUAUGGCCACGCAGUCACCGUAGUGGGCGGGCUGGGCGUGGCUGUGGUCUUCAUAGCGCUCUUCCUCCGCGUCUAUGCCCGCAGUCGCAUGAAGAAGCGAGCCAAGAAACCGCCUGCUGGUGAGAGCACAGUGCAAAAGGUUUAGAGGCUGCAGGCAAGUUAAGUUGCCACUAAGCUCCCACUAAACCCUAAACACCUGCCCAAUCUCUUUCAUAACCCAGCAAGGAGCUGGAAAGGGGGAGACUUUGAUAUUUUCUCCCCCCCACCCCCCACAACAACCCUCUCAAAUGGACUCUUCUUUGAAAAACGCUGCUGGGGUUAGCUUGGAGGAUGUGAGGGGUGCUUUCCUCCUGCUGGCUUGAUAUCUGAGCAUUUUUCUGCUAAAUAUGAUGAAAGUUAUUGAGAUCCCAUUCCCAGUGGAGGAGUGCAGGUGAGCGUAAUGCCUGCCCUGACUCGCAGUGUUUUAUGGGAUAACGUUUAUUUAUGAUUAAGGCAAACUGGAGCUGUCUUGGGGUUUUUUGCUGCAGUUCCCCUUCUGCUUACCAUCCUGCGCAUAAGGGAAUAGCAAGAAUAAGACUUUUACAUGUGCAAUGAACAAGACACUCCAAAACUUCAUGAUUGGAAGGGAAAGCUAGCAGCUGCUACAGACCUUACUGCUAGAUAAAAUCAGAUUUUGGAUUUCUCAUACUGGGUCUCAAAAUGGAUAAUUGCCUCUCUUAAAUCACAGCCUCUUAUUUUCUGGCUCAUCAUACCCACCUCUUUUGUGUGUGUUCCACUGCUGAUUUUUUCCAGACUGCUCCCGUUAAACCAUACAGACUGCAUCGUUCCCGAGUGUCAUUUGGUUCUUGCUUUUUUGCUAGUUGUGCAUUGGCCAUCCUCUCCUUUCACUGCCUUGAACUACAGUCCCAGAACCCCUUGAGACCGUUCUCGGGAUGCUUUCCUGGGAUUUAUGGUUGCUGCAAACAGUUUAGAAAAGCACAAAUAUUGCCUUUUUGAAACACCUCUCUUUGGAACUGCUUCAAGGGGUCUUCCUGCUCUUGGCAAGGUGGUGUGUGAGAUGGUAUCCCUAUAGAACAGGGGUGAAAAAUGGGUGGCCCUCCAGGUGCUUUGGCCUAUAACUCCCAUGAUCCUUCCCCAUUGGCUACACUGGCCUAGGCCUGAUGGGAAGUUGUAGGUCAAACGUGUGGAGGGCUACAAGUUGCCCACCCCUGCCAUAGAAAAAGAAUGUGUAUCCUAUGUGUAUCCCUGCCUCCCCCACUCCAAUAACUUCACUGAGGUGGCUGGGGCCUCCUCUGUUCAUUCUGGGAGCCAGCCAUGAUGGAAGCAGUGUGAGUCUGGGCUUGCAUGCUUCUUCCAACCUGGCUGGAUUUCCCUUGCAAACUGAGAAUGUGUUCUAGAAGCUUUGAGAAGUGUUACAGAGAGUUCUGGAGCACGCUUCCAUUUUAUGUGGGUCACUGGGCAUGCUGAAACCGGAGAAGGCCUCUGCUGCCCAUAGCAGCUGCCUGGCUCUGCCCUUUUCAUUUUAUCCUCUUUGUGGAGCCAGGAGACAAUAGCUCUGAGCUGUAUGGGACAGGAGUGUUUGGUUGCCAGAGGCUGGGACUUCCUUGAACUUUUAUCCACAUGCAGCUGCUGUCAGACCUAGGUGCAGGAUUGGAGUCGCUUUUGCCAGCUCCAACCAGGAAGUCUAGGUUUUACCCAUUUCACUCUUUUAUUGCCAAGCAGAUAUUGUGCAGGGGGAAAUGUUUUGGUACUCUUGGAACACAACUCUUAUUUUAUUAAAUUUAAAAUAUGCUGCAAAGAAGUGGCAUGGGUGUGUUUCGUAGCCUUCAAAAUAUAUUGUGGGAAGGCGGGAAGCAAACGGGUCUCUUGGGUCUCAGGUGUGCUUUGUUCUGUAGAUACACAUGGAUUUACCGCAGAAGCUCCGGACUUGGAAUUUAAAACAGUAUUUUACAUCUUGAAAAUCUUGACAUGUGAAAAAGCCCUCCUAAGCUGAGAAGACAUUUGAACAGGGGAGACUUGAAACUAGAGGGGAGAUGAGAGAAGUCUUCAUUGCUCACAAAAUGGAGCUUCAGUGCUCCUACUAAGCAGGAAGGUGUCCCUACAUCAUGGGUGGGGAGCCGAACAAACACUGGGUGGAUUAGAGCCUCCUCUUUCUACAUACCUAUUCUCACCACCCAUCUGUUCACCCUUCCUUUCCCCCCUCUUUUGUUUUCCUUCCCCAGCCCCCCUCCACAGCAAUAAGGCUUAGAAAAAAGCU